UGUCGCUCUAGGCUGGCUUCUGAGAACUCCCGACAAGAUGAACUGUGUGGUCACCUGUAUAAUCAUUGGCGCUGUAGCAGCCCUAUCAUUUGCUCUGCCCGAAGCUGGGUACAUAGCUCCUGCCCCAUGCUACCCAAAGACUGAGUACAUCACCAAAUACCAGACACAAGUACAGCAGGUCCCAGUCUACCAAACAGUCUACAAGCAACAAUAUGUGCCAACGACAAUCUACGAACCAGUCUACAAGACUGUCUACAACACCCAAUACAACACCCAGUACGUCCCCAAGUACGUCACCCAGACUCAGUACCAGACACAGGUCAAAUACGUCACAGACUACCUGACUCAGUACCAGACCAUCUACAAGACUCAGUACAUCACCAAGACUGACUACGUACCAAAGUACGUCACUCAGACUGCCUACCAGACAAUCCUCAAGACCCAGAUCCAGUACCAGACAGUCUACAAGACUGAGUACCAGCCACAGUACAUCACCACAACCCAGCUGCAGUACCAGACAGUCUACAAGACUGAGGUCGUUCCCGAUUAUCAGACUGUUUACAAGACUGUGCAGACUUACAAGACUGUCUGCCCUAAACCUGUGUAUGGAUAUUAAAUAGUUUUAGUUCUGAAUAAGGAUUAACUUCCAAGUGGAUGAUGUCAAAUACUGAUAUUAAGGUUAUGUACUAUAAAUAAUGUUUACGGUCAAAUGAA